GUAUUUGUAGUUUUUUAAGUGGCUGGUUCUUAGUCUGUUUAUGUCUAAGAGAACUACAAUUCCCAGCUGCCUUAUGAAACUGUCAUUAGGGUUUUGGUCGCUAGUUCAGGUUUCCGAAGUCGCCUUCUUCAUCGCAGGUGCUGAACAAAUGGUUUAAUCUGACAAUCUGGUUAUUUCUGAUAAGAGCCAUGAUGGAGGAUGAAACCAGAUCCAUCCAUGAGCAAAGGUUUGACGCUGCGGUCAAAGUGAUCCAGAGUUUACCUGCAAAUGGUUCCUUUCAGCCAUCCAACGAAAUGAUGCUGAAAUUCUACAGCUACUACAAACAGGCGACUCAGGGACCCUGCAACAUUCCCCGCCCGGGGUUCUGGGAUCCCGUCGGCAAAGUCAAAUGGGAUGCAUGGCACGCACUUGGAGAUAUGCCAAAGGAAGAGGCCAUGACGGCGUACGUGGAUGACCUCAAACUGAUUCUUGAAAGCAUGCCCAUGACUGAGCAGGUGGAACAGCUGCUGCAGGUUCUCGGGCCGUUCUACGAGCUUGUAGACGAGAAGAAAAAGAUCAGCCAAGUUUCAGACCUGACCACAGGCCUCGGCAGCAUGAUGUCGGCGCCUUCCAAGAGCGUCACUAAAAGCAUCAUCAGAACCAUGGAAAUGAACGGCACCUUGGACGGCCACAGUCCCAACAAAGCAGAGGCUCCAAAGAUUAACGCAAACGAGAUUAAGCAGCAGGAGGACGGAGGUGAGGAUGAUGACGAUGAUGACGAUGACGAUGAUGAUGAUGAUGACAGUGGAGAUGAUGAGAAUGAAGAGGAAGAAAAGAGUGAGCAGCUGAAAAAAGCCUCUGCCCUGAAGAAAAAGACCUCGGCAGGAAAAGGACUUCCGAAUGGUGGUAUAGGGCAUAAUGUGUCUCCGGUGACGAACGGGACACACUGCACCAAAUCCGCUCUGAAUGGAAAAGACACGGAGGAGAAUGACGGAGAGAUCCAACACGUUAAUGGCCACACUACAGAUGAUAAUGAAGACAUGCGCAGCGCUCAUCACGUGGCCUCAGACUCAGACAGCGAGGUUUACUGCGACUCUGUGGACCAGUUUGGUGCGGAGGAGCAGAGCGGUGAUUCUCACGUGAACCGCUCUCUGGAGGAAAGCCGCAGCACUCAGGGCUCUAAGGAGGAGCUGCAAUCAACAGACAGAGACUCUGAGAUCCUGCUGAUAGGACAGGACAGCGUUCAGCACGGAGGAGAAGAUGGGAAGACGAAUGGAGGAGGAGGAGGAAGAGGAGUGCAGAGAAACAGCCUGAGCGUUGGCAGACCCGGCAGCUCUCUGAUCAGGAGAGGACGAGGGUCCAGGUCUUCGGGGUCAGGCUCGGGGUCAGGGGUCACGGGGUCAUUACAGGGUGCGGGAGGUGACGGGGAACGCUGGGGGUCUGACGGAGCCGGAGGCAGCGAUCUGAACGAGCAGAUCGUCACGGCUUUAACGCGGCUACAAGAGGACAUGCAGAGCGUCCUCGAGAGACUACACACGCUCGAGGCUCUAACGGCCUCACAGGCGAGAUCAGUGGCCUUGCCCUCAGGAUAUCUGCUGCCACCAGCCAGCAGGACUCACAGGAAGCCGUCCUGGUGGCCGUUUGACGUUUCCCCUGGCACUGUGGUCUUCGCUCUCGUCUGGCCUUUCAUUGCACAGUGGAUCAUUCGUCUGUAUUUUCAGAGGCGGAGAAGAAAACUCCGCUGAGACGCCGGUCGACGCCGGGUGCGUGUGGUAUAGACGCCGGCGUCCUCUGUUGCAUCUCGUCUUUCUGACUCCGGCUUUUGCACUACGAUGAAGACGCUGAGAUUAGUGAGCAUCGAAACUAACUGAUAGAUGAAUGUGUGCCGCUUCUAAAGGCUUUUUGUACCUUUUUUGUGUAAUAUUAAGUGCUAAGAUUUACAUAAACUGCUUGGUUUGAGAAAUAAGACGUGUAAUGAUGUAGUAAAGAGAAAUUCUACAUUGUAUUAUUAUUUUUUUUUUCAUAUUGAAAUCUAACAGGGCAUUAUGGUAACACGUUAAUACGGCGCCCAACGUUGUAGAAAUAGACGUGUCGCUCAUUCUGCUUCACCAUAAAGCUGCUAAUAGGCAUCAGCUCUGUAGGUACAUGUAGAAUUAUACUGUAUAAUUAAUUUACUGUAAUGAUCUGUGUGAUUCUGGUUUAGCUUUGAUGCCUAUCUAUAAAUCAGGACGAGUUUGAAGCAAAACCAUUAUGAAUUAAUGUUAAUUGAUGGAUGAUGAGUCUUCAGGUUUGAACAUGUGAGUUGGAUAAGUAAUCAAAGCCAUAAUCACAUGGUGCAUAUCAGCACUGAUGGAGAAGAGGACCAUGCAAAGUAAUUUAAGGAGGAACGCUCUUUUUUCAUGUCACUGGGGUGACGAUAUCAAGGGUACUUUCAGUACAGGGUUUGUCAACUUAUUUCCCCGGAACAAGCAUUUCUCCAUUCAGUUACUUUAGUUUAUUUAUUUAUUUUUUGCCACAGCUCGGCUUCUAUAGCAGAUCCUCUGUUGUAGUUUUAUUCAGUCACAUGCGUUUAUAUAAAUUAUUUAGCCGAAGCUUAUUUCGUCGGGCCAAAGAUUGCUACAGAGAUGAGAAAGGGAGAGGAAUUUUCCCCCUCAGUCACAAAUUCCCACCCACCUGUCAGAUCUCCACUAUCAUACAACAGCUCAUGUGCUUCCUCCGAGACACGAGAAACCAGCAAACGGCUGCUUAUGCCACAUCACAGAGUGGCAUAACACACUCAGAGGAAAGUGCUAUUUACCCUCUUCCACAUACAUGAACCCACAGAUCCCCAUGAUUGGCUACUGGCACUGUGAUUGACAGGGGAGAGAAAGAGAGAGUAUGCCCCUCCCACUCAGAGAACACAGCAAAUGUUUCAUUUGCUCCAGGCCACAAAUGGCUAUGGCACCAUUAGGAGAUCACACGUUUAUAGGGACACUCAGGAGCCAGAAGGGAAUUUUUGACAGAAACAAAAUGCGUAAAGAUGAAUGGACAGAAAUGUACAUGUUAAUUCUCCCAUUUCAGUAGUCUCAGAGUAGAGGUGUGUAUCGGGACAAAAGAGUUGCAGGAGCAGGCGGUUAUUUCUUUAAUACAGGCAGCCGGAUAUGAAGCUUGCGGGACAAAGAAAGGCCACGUUCAUUAACAUGUUUCAGCAUUGUAAGUCAACUUGUCACCACUCUGUCGUGUUAGUUGCUUAUCUGGACCUUCGUAAGCAAGGAAUGUUUUUACAAAUUUUAGUUGAAUACCAUUGCUUUAGUAUGUAUCUGGAAAAAUGAAUAUAGUGUACCUUUUAAAAAAUAAUUUAAGAUGCAUAAUUGGACCUUAAGGAAAGCUAAUUAAACGGUACAGCACGUGCACAUUUCCAGGUAAAAGAGGCACACUAAUGGAACGAAUGGUGUACCCUUGAUGGUGCCACCCCAGCUACAAGACAAAGCAGAGUUUGCUACCUUUAUUUCUGAGAGCGUAGAAAGGAAACGUGAUGGAAAAAAAUGUAAAACGUUGACUCGGAAGUGUGUAAUGCUUACGGAUAACAGUUACACAAAUACAAUUCAGAGAAAUCGAUUAUUAAAAUCUGAAUCAUGUUACAGUGAUUUCACACUUGGCUAUUUUUUCUUUUCUUUUCUUGGCCAUCACUGCACACUUUACAUGUACUGAGAAGCAGGAGAACUGCAGCCGCUUUUAAAAGACGCUGCUGCUGUUUUUUGAGUCACAUCAAAGAUUGAUUGAAAUGAAAAUAUGAAACUUUCAGAAAAGCACAGAGUGACGUCAAGCUUUUUUUUUUUUUUUUGUCUUGUGAUUUCCUGCCUCCAAAGCUACAACUUCAUCACCAGUUACAUCAAAUAUUUCAGCUAGGCUAGUUGGUUAGUUAGCCAGUACUAGUUAGGAUUGGUAAGAACGUUGUUAUGGUUACAGUGUAUAUGUUGUAUGAGUCCCUUUUUCAUAUCAGUAUGACCAGUGAUUUAUUUAUUUUUUGUAUUUUUGUUCAUCCUGCCAAUUCCCACAUAUCAAACCAGCCAGAUGCAUUUUUUCAAACUGCUGCUCUUGCUACAUCACAGGGCAGCGUAACACACCCAGACAAAAAGCGCUGUCUGCCCUCUUCCACAUACAUAAGCUCACAGACGCACAUGAUUGGCUAGUGUUUCUGUGAUUGACAGGGGAGAGAGAGUAUGCACCUCCCACUUACAGAACAUGGCCAGAUAUUCUCUCUUAAACUCACGAUCUCUCUAUGAUAAAGCAAUGCUUUUCUGUGGAGUUUUUAAUUUCAUGUUUUGUUUUUUUGUUUUUUGGCAGAAGUAAAUGUCAAGUGUGAAAGCACCCUUAUACAACUGUUCAUAUCAGCAUCAAGUAUUGAGAUAAAAUAAAACAGUGCAUUUGGAAGGAUUUUUAAAGUUAAUGUUGUGAAGGAGAAAAAAAAAUGUUGUCUGGAACAGGAGCGUGUAAAUUCUUACAUAUAAAAAUGACUCUCUAUUGUAUGGAAAUACAUAGAAGAAUCCCCCAAAAAAUGUGUGUAUUAGGGCUAACGCUGUGUUUCGCAUCAACACCCCUGUAAAUGUUCAUAUGUGUCAGAAAUGAGAUCUGAAAAAAGAAGUGUUUAAUAUCUACACACAAUAAGCAGCACAUCCUAAUUACACUUUCAUUAUAAGAGAAGUCAUGCAAUAAUUGUUCUGAUUAGAAACACUUUCAAUAUUUUCAAGAUUUUUGUUGUUUAAUCUGUUGUUCUUUACAAUAUUUUUUUGUUUUCUAUGUUGUAAUCCAACUUUUUGUGUGUGAAGCAUUCUGAUUUAUUGUAUAUACACACUAUAAGACAAGAUUUCAAAUGGUCAUUCUGUUCAUUAACACAUUGGCAUUAGAUUGAAUAUAAUUAAUGCUUUUUUGUUCAGUUUUCUCCUUCAGACCCUGUGUUUUCUUUCCUCUUAGUGUAAAUUGUUAAAUAAUGUUAAUAGCUAUAAUAUGUGUAUAUUAGAAAUAGACUUCUACGAUAUAAAUUAACUGAAAAGUGAUAUUUUAAUUGUAACAUACUAUAAUGUAGCAUUGGCUUCUUUGGAACAGUAAUUAGAAGAAGAUGUAACUAAAAGCUGCGUUUUAUUAGAAACAAUAUCUUUCUAUCAAUGACCAUUUUGUUUCAGAGGAGCAUCAGUGCACGUUCUUACUGUUAAUCCGAAGCACGAAUAAAAUUUUCGAGAGC